AUGGCCGCUCCAAUAAGGCCAACCGAUGAUGGAACCUUGGAUGCCGAUAUAACGUCACCUGCUGUCGGCCAUGUCGGAGCAUUUCUCGACGGCUCCCAACGCGAUGAUGAAUUGCAGGGCAUCUCCACGACACACCGAAGAUGGUCUAUGACCCGGCUGAUUGACACUUCUGUGCAGGGCACGUUUAGCACUGCUACGCACUUCUUCCAAUGGCUUGACACCACUCCUGGCCGUGGUGUCUUGAAGUGCACAAUUGCCUACACGCUGGCCAGCAUGGCUACCUUUGUACCAAUCUUGUCCGAUUUUCUCGGUAAACCAAAUGGCAAGCAUGUCGUUGCCACCAUUACUGUCUACUUUCAUGCUGCUCGCUCAACUGGCUCCAUGAUUGAGGCUAUCCUCAUAGCUAUCGUUGCGGUAGCGUAUGCUGAGCUCGUGUCUAUCCUUUCCAUGGCCACAUCUGUACUCGUUGGCUCUGUUUUUGGUCUGGCCACGCUAGCUCACAUACUGGUUGUUGUCGUCUUCAUCGGCGGUGGCUUCGGUAUCAUGGGCUGGAUGAAACAGCGCAUGAACAACCCACUCGUCAAUGUUGCUAGCACACUCGCUUCGCUCGCCAUUAUAUCAGUCGUUACCAAAGAGACGGCAGUCAUUGACAAUGUCUUUUCGAACCAAAAGAUUGUCCAAGUCUUCAAGAUGCUCAUCAUGGGAAUCACUUGCACCGCCGUCGUCAAUUUGCUCCUCUGGCGCGUUUCUGCGCGCCAGCUCCUACGAGCAUCCAUCACACACUCCUCAGUAUCGCUGGGAAGCAUGCUUUCCGACGCAACUGCGAGCUUUCUCGCUAGCUCCAACUACGAAGCUACCCCUCCCGAGUUCCCCGACUCCUACGCUUACUCCAAGGCGCACUCCGCUAUGCUGAAGCAUCUCCGCGAGGCCAAAUUCGAGCAUUAUCUGCUAGGAAAUGUUCGAAUCUAUAGCCUGGAGAGAUUGACUGUCAGAUCCAUAGAAACCUUGGCCCAGUCUAUAGGCGGCCUGCGCAGUGCCGCCAAGGCUCAAUUUGCGCUGUUGAAUGGUGACAGUCGCGAUGCCAUUCUCUUUCGGAUACACAGCGCUUCUGUAACGCCCUAUCUUACAAGAGAUAUCGAUCCGUUCUCUUAUUUCAGCGCUGAGAGCACUCAAACGACGGAUUCAGGCUCCAGAGACGCCCCAGAUCUUCGUGCUGCUGGACAACUGUUUACAAAUUUUGCGAGCACAAUCAAACAUCCGAUGCAAAACUUGUCUGGUAUAUUGUGCCAGGUACUGACGCAGAUGCCCUUUAGUGGUGCUCCAGAUUUCAACAUGCAAAUAAACGAAGCCCUGCGCGGCGAGCUGACGAAAUCUCUGGAAAUAUUCAACACUGCGCGUGCAGAGGCUUUGCAGGGUUUCUACCAGCGUAUUCGACAGGAAAAUGAUAGUGGUCACCCUCAGAUCGUGCUGGAAGAGGUUGCUGCUGCUUGUGGGCAUUUCUCCUUUACUUUGCAAACCUUUGGCGAAGAGAUGAAAACCUACCUGGACGUCCUGGAGGAUCUUAAGCACAGCUAUGACCAUAAUCAACGCAGCUGGCGCUGGCUUCUAUGGUGGCGAAAGAGCAAAUCUGACCAUGCCCUUGCAACGCUGCCCUUUGACGCACCAGAAACGGAAGCUCUGGUGAAGCCAAUCAGGAAAUCGGCCGUGCCAGCGGGUAUCCCACGUUCAAUGCGUGAACGACGAGAUACUUACAAGUGGGAUGCAGCCCCUAAUGCGAGCAGGAUUUUGUCCACGCUGUCGCUGGCUUUCCUCCAGUUUCUGCGCAGGAUGGCGAGUGACGACGUUUUAUUUGGUCUCAAGGUUGGCAUUGGUGCUGCACUUUGGGCGUCGCUUGCAUUCAUCGAGGCCACACGCGACAUGUACAACCAUUAUCGUGGCGAAUGGGGCCUCUUGUCAUUCAUGAUUGUCUGCUCCAUGACGGUCGGCGCAUCCAAUACCACUGGGUGGGCUCGAUUCCUGGGUACUUUUGCAGGUGCCUUCUUUUCACUCUUCAAUUGGACGGUUAGCCAAGGCAAUGGUACCGCGCUUGCAAUUCUGGGAAGCUUUGUGGCUUUCUUCAACUUUUAUCUCAUUGUCGCCUGUGGUCGCGCGCCACUCGGACGCAUGACGAUUUUAGCCUACAACGUCUCAACGCUCUACGCCUACUCCCUAAGCCAAAAGGUCGACGACAAUGACGAAGACGAAGGCGGUAUUCAUCCUCUGAUGAGGGAAAUUGUGACGCACCGUGUCAUAUCUGUCUGCACCGGCAUUCUAUGGGGCCUCGCCGUAUGCCGAUUCAUUUGGCCCAUCUCUGCGCGCCUCAAGUUCAAAGAAGGCAUCUCGGUGCUGUUCCUCCAAAUGGGCCUCAUCUGGCGGCGUGGACCACUUUCUAUCCUCUUACGCUCCGACUGCUCUCAAAGCUACCUCAAAUCCGGUGAACAAGUUGCGCUGCAGCGCUACGCGGACCGCCUCGAGGCCCUCCGCCACAGCGCCGCAUCAGAGUUCGAGCUGCGCGGGCCCUUUCCAUUCGAGGCCAACGGACGUAUUCUGCGCAGCGUGAAUCGCAUCCUGGAUGGAUUCUAUUCCAUGAGUCUGGUGGCGCAGCGUAAGACAAGCCUCUCCAGUGGGGAACGUGCGUUGCUCGAGUUCACAGCGCGAGAGCGUGCUGUGCUGUGCGACCGCGUCUGUCAUAUUUUUCAAGUGCUGGCAAGCUCCACGAUGCUUGAAUACCCACUGACGGGCGCGAUCCCGAGUAUCGCCCGCGCGCGUGACCGGCUGUUAAGCAAGGUCUUUGAAUUUCGAGAGACUCACGCGGCACGUCGACAGGUAGCUCUGGGCGUCGGUUCGCCACUCAUUCAGCAGCAAGGACUGGAAUUAUCGGAAUCCGGGGCGGAAGUGGAUGUCGUGGAAAGAGACUACACCCUCCUAUACGCUUACGCACUCAUCACGGGCCAGGUCGAACAAGAGCUGAGGAUUGCGUUGGAUGAAGUUGAAGGCCUGCUCGGUCUAUUGAAAGACGACCCACUCCUCGGUGAGUGA